AUGACGUCAUUCCUCCGCCAAGCUAAAUUAAAUGAUAUCAUUACUCUUGACAGUUAUGCCUUGACGGAAACAAGCUCAUCUACCUCAAGUGUACGUUUGGUGGAUUCAUUGAAGUACUUGACAAUGAGUCUCUCAGCUGUUGAAAAGGCUUCUAAAGUGGACUCGGUCAAAGGAGAUUUUCCCGUGUUGUUCAUCAAGGAGGAAAAUUUCGAUUACGUCGGACCGAUUCCGGACAACAUACCUUCCUCGGUCAGAAAGGAACUUGUUGAAUACUUGGCCAAAGCAAGAGAACAAGGUCAAACAAAAAGACACAGUCGAAAAAAUGGAUAA